AAUUCUCUUCCCGAUCAGCUGAAAGGAACCAGAGGAACUAAAGCCAGCAGUUGCUACACGUGUUUAUGAUACCUUAAUAUUAUUCUCACAUUUGUACUGUAAAUUUUAUAAUUUGGAUUCUUAAACGUUACUUAUCAAAAUGCCGAAGGUUAAAGCUGAGAAAAAGUCUCGUCAACACCAGGAGGUGAAGAGUCAAGGAAUUAUGUUCAAUACUGGUAUUGGUCAGCAUAUUUUAAAAAAUCCAUUGGUUGUCAACGGCAUCAUAGAGAAGGCAGCAUUACGACCAACAGAUGUGGUUCUGGAAGUUGGUCCUGGAACUGGUAACAUGACUGUCAAACUUCUGGAGAAAGCCAAGAAAGUGGUUGCUUGUGAGUUGGACACCAGGCUCGUUGCUGAGCUUCAAAAAAGAGUCCAGUGCACUCCAAUGCAAAACAAGCUUCAGAUCCUCAUAGGGGACGUACUCAAGACGGAGCUCCCCUUUUUUGACAUCUGCGUGGCUAACUUGCCUUAUCAGAUAUCAUCGCCUUUCGUGUUCAAGUUGUUACUUCACAGACCGUUUUUUAGGUGUGCUGUGCUGAUGUUUCAGAGGGAAUUUGCCAUGCGGUUGGUAGCUAAACCAGGAGACAAGCUAUACUGCAGACUGUCAAUCAACACACAGCUCCUAGCCCGAGUGGACCACCUCAUGAAGGUGGGAAAGAACAAUUUCAGACCACCUCCAAAAGUAGAGUCCAGCGUGGUGAGGAUAGAGCCCAAAAAUCCUCCACCUCCUAUUAACUUCCAGGAAUGGGAUGGUCUGGUCAGAAUUGCAUUUGUCCGAAAGAACAAAACACUGAGUGCUGCCUUCAAGUCUGCUGCGGUUGAACAGUUAUUGGAGAAGAACUACAGAAUCCAUUGCUCCGUGCACAACAUAGAAGUAGAACAGGAUUUCAGCAUUGCUCAGAAAAUUGAAAGCAUCCUUCAAGAGUCAAAGUUUAGCGACAAGAGAGCACGUUCCAUGGAUAUAGAUGAUUUCAUGGUGCUUCUUCAUGCAUUCAACUCCGCCGGGAUACACUUCUCCUAAGACUUAAGAAACAGAACGGCUACUAAGCUGACAGGAAGUGAUGUCACAAUCUUCUCAUAUUCUGCUGUGCAAAGAAAUAAAUGAUAUUUCUUUUCAAUGGACAUGCAAUGGAACACCUAAUCACUCAGGCUGGAAAUGUUUUGUGCCUUUCCUGAAUCAGGAAAUAUUUACGGACUUCCUUCAGAGGUAAAAUUGGUGACUGUUAAGAGGAUUUGAAGAGGACGUCUUGCAUUUUUAUAACUUAUCUUUAUAUACUCCCUAAGUGCACAAGGUUACUCUUCGUAUAACUCAGGUUGUCAUUAAGAAUAUUAAUCAUCAUCACCGUUAAUCUCAGUGUUGCAUACAGAACAUAAUAUCCCACUCAUUGAGUACUGCUCAAUACUGAGCUGUCAAAGUGAAAAAUUAUAAACUGCUAACACUUUACAAUAAGGUUCAGUUGGUUAACGUUAAUGGAUGUAUCAGAUGUCAUGAACUAAUUGAUAGCAUUUUUACAGCAUUUUGUGUCUAGCUUAAUAAUGUUAAUUUUUAAAUAUAGUAAUUGUUAAUUGAUUAAAUGCUGUAAAAGUAUUAUUCAGUGUUUGUUCAUGUUAGCAAUUGCAUUAUUAACAAAUUGGAACUUACUAUCAAGUUUUAACUAGAAUUUAUUAUUAACAUUCUACCUACAAGUUAAGGUAACUAGUACGUAAACUUUGUGUAAAUAUAAUGGCUAGUUAUGUAAUAUGUGAUAAAUCUAUUCUCAGAUUCAUUUAAGGCAUGUUUCUUAGAAAGGUUUAGCUGAACAAGCUCAAAACAAUUGAAAAAUGUGUUUUGUGUUAAAACUUAAGUAUUUAAAAAUUUAAAAUGAACAGGAUCUGCAUACAAAUCUUUUGACUUUAAAAGGAACUUGAGAAAAUGGUUGUUUUGUUCCUCACCCUGUGUGAGACUUGUCAGUAGUGUUUCUAUUAUAAAUCACUUUGAACUGUUCAAAGAUGCUCUCAACAGCUUUGAAUUGUUAAAUUGCUGUCAGUGAAGCCGAGUUUCAGAUCCUCCUGUUUUGAAGCAGGAGGAAAGUGAAAGAUGAAAAUCUGAACAUGAGAAAAGUUGCUCUGCUGCAACAAUUAUACAGUGUAGAUGUUUUUCUUAGUUGCAUGAUAAGCCACACCUGAGUAAAAUUACAUCAUGGUAGGCUUAGCCUUACUUUCUAUGGACGUAAGUGCUUUAUUUUACUCUUUGCCAUGCUGAGUAUAAAUACAAAUGAGUUACUUAAGUAAAGCCCUUUUGUGCACCAAACACAUGAGGACCAGCCAUCAGACACUAACCAACAUCCUCAUUGUACACCGCAAGAAAAAUAUAAACUUAAGCCUGCCUAAAAUAUAGUUUUAGCUGGUCUGUUGGACAGUUUUAAAGGAUUUUAGGCACAUUUUUAGCUGGGCAGACCCCUUUAAACCAGUUUUUUUGGUCUUUUAGCAAAGUACAUUCUCCGUGCUUUACUAGAAAUGCUAAAUAAUGGUGGUUGUUCACAUGACACAAGAUUAAAUGAGUGGAAAAUC